UUGUACGUUGACGAACACAACGGCAACCGCGCGGUGCAUUCAAGUACUUUAAGAACUUAGUUCAGCGUGUCCGGCAGAACUCAAAUUAUAUUUUUGAAAUAAUUUCGCUAACCGAAAAUUAAUAGACAAUUACAGUGAUGUGGUGGUUCAUUGUGUUGCUAGUGACGUGCCUCUUCUAUUAUUCCCGGAACCGUUUGAAAUACUUCUCAUCUAGAGGUGUGUGCACUCUGCCUCCCGUUCCGUUUUUGGGGAAUUUGACAGCUGUCACUCUGGGGCGGGAAAAUUUUGUGGAGGCAAUAGCGGCUGGAUAUGACGCGUUCAAAGAUCAAAGGUACUUCGGCCUGUACCAAUACCUGGUACCGACCCUCAUACCGAGAGACCCAGAGCUAAUUCGUCAGAUAAUGGUGCGGGAUUUCAACUCGUUCGCGGACCGAGGCGUGCAUAUUGACGCCGACUGUGAUCCCCUGUUUGGACGCAACCUUAUCAUGUUAACAGGUUCAAAAUGGCGGUCAAUGCGUGUAUCGUUAUCUCCCGCGUUUUCUGGAGCUCGCUGUCGCAGCAUGGCGCCGCUGAUGUCGGAAAGCGCAAGCGCCGUCGUUAACUUCUUGCGAGAGAAGAUAUCUAAGCCUGAAGCCAUGGACAUUAACACUAUCACUAUGUCCUAUGUGAAUGACGUCAUCGCAUCUUGCGCCUUUGGCUUCGCUGUUGACUCUCUUAAAGACCCGGAUAACUGCAUCUUCAGGUUGGGCAAGAAAGCAGUCGUACAGGAUACCACACAAGUGAUGAAGUUUUUUGGGUACGAAAAUAUGAAGAAUGUCAUGAAGUUCUUGAAAGUGAAGAUCAUUCCCACAAAGGACGCGGAUCAGUUCUCCCAGCUAUUCAAGUCAGCUCUGAAGGCCCGUCGAGAGAACUUAGUGCAACCGAGACCUGAUUUCAUACAGAUAUUAGUCGACGCUGCUCAAGGCAAAGCGAAGUCGGACAGCGAAGGCGACGCGAACAACAACGAGUACACCAAGACAGCAGAAAAAUUCACAGACGACGACCUAGUGGCUCAAGCAGUGCUAUUCUACGUCGCUGGUUACGAUACAACCGCCAACCUGAUCUACUAUUUCUUGUACGAAAUGGCGACUAAUCCUCGCGUGCAACAGAAACUGCAUGAGGAACUGGAUGAGUUGCCUCCAGAAAAAGAAAUCGAGGAUUUGUAUGAAGCUGUCCAGGGACUGGAGUACUUGGAUAUGUGUGUAAAUGAGGUUCUCAGACUAUGGCCACUUGUUGGUUCGGCAGACAGGCGGUCAGUGGCGACGUACGACUUCGGUCCUACUUACCCCGGCAGCAAGGAUCGACUCAUAGCCCCAGCAGGUAUUCACGUAUGGCUCCCAAUAUAUUCCAUACACAGAGAUGAAAAGUACUGGCCGGAUCCGAACGUAUGCGAACCGGAGCGGUUCUCAAAGGAACGGAAGGCUGAGAUCGUGCCGUACACAUACAUGCCCUUCGGUAACGGACCGAGACAUUGCAUCGGAUCCCGCUUUGCAGUCCUUGCGGCCAAAGUAUUCCUGGUGAAAUUCCUUCGUGUUUACCAAACGAAAACAGACAGACAAUCCACACGCUUGUCACCUGUGGCUUUUAUAUUAAGGCCCAAAGACGGAUACCAACUCAUUGUUGAACCAAGAAAUAUAUAGUUUUAAAAAAGAAUA